AUGUCCUGCACGGAAACGACUACUGCUGCCGCCUCGCCCACCCGGCGCGUAAUUCCUCCUCCACCCCUCCGCGCCGAUGUGCUCAAGAAGGUCCUUCUCAAGCUCUCCAACGAUGCCAAUGCCGAUACCAAGCCCAGGUUCAACCUUCCCCAGAAGGUUCUCAACCACGUUCUGGACUUUGUCCCGUGUUCUGACCUGGCCCCGCUCCUCACGGUCAACUCGAGCUACUACCGCGCGACCAAGCCCCAGUUCUUCCGCGAGCUCAACCUGACCAAGGACGGCAAGGUGGGUGGGUGGGGCUACGACCUCGUCGAUACGUGGACCGAGGACGGCAGUCGCCCUGUCUUCAAGGUCGAGUGGCUCUCUCGCGUCACUACCGUACUCACCAUCGAAGCUCACAAGUCGGGUUCCUGCGAUUGGCUCUCGCAGCUCGACCUUCCCCUGCUUCACACCAUCCGUCUUCCGAACGAUGUGCACCGUAGCAUUGCCAACAAAACUUGCCUCACUCCGUGCGGCAUCCACGCUCUCAAGGCUGCCAAUGUUGUGCACACCGACCUAUCGUGGGACCCUAUCCUCGGCACCACCACCAACUUCGCCAAGGGAACUGUCCAGACCUACACGGCCUUCCUCGCCGACAACGGCAUCCGCCGCGAGCGUCGCUGGGCCGACCCCAUGGCUACCGCGUUCACCUCGACCGUGCGUAUCACCUACGUCUUCCCCGUGGUGCCUUUCCCCCGUCGCGAGCCCAAGGCUCCGGUGGCGACUCGCAAGUCCGACGACCUGGACAACAAGCAUUCCUGUGGCGACCACGACCGUCCCCGUGGCACGGAAAAGCCUAUCAUCGAAUGCCAGCCCCUCGCUGCUAUUCCCAAGGGCAUGCCAUACAGCCUGGAAACCUACCGCGAGCUCACGAACGACUGCGACCACAACGGCAACUGCAUCCACAUCCACUUCCUCAACUGCAUUUGGUCCAUGAACGACGCGUUCUGGUGCCACAUUCUCACCUCGAAGGCCGAGUUUGUCUUUGUCGGACUGGAUGAGCUCGUCAGUUCAAUCCUCGUCGACCGCCAGCACACCAAGCGCGCCGACUCGCACCUGGCCUUCCUGGCCAAGGUCCAGGCUGCCGAGUUCCUCGAACUCGUGAAUAGCCUGCACCAAGUUUGUCCUGACGUCGACCGCAAGGAGGUGGCGCAGUUCGAUGCUGCGUUCAAGAAGUACCACUCGGGCGAUCUACGCGCACCGUUCCGGGUCAUGCGCCACGAGCACUGGCAGCUCAGCUCGGGCGCCAAGAUUGCCAUGCUGCGUAAGGACCAUGAGAAGUGGCAGCGUGCCCUCGAGCGUCAGUUCUAA